UGAGUCCAGAUGAUUUCCAAGUAUAGAGGCAGGCAGCACUAAAAUACUAUUCAUUCAUUUGAUUAAGAUAAACUCAGCAGAAACAGACCAACGAACAAAUGCAGAUCUAAAAGACCAGAGAGUUAGAGAGAGAUUUGCUGGAAAAUGCUGAAGGAAUGAAUGAGUGCAUAGAAAGGGAGAAAACGAUGGAAGGAGAGAGGAAAAAACGUGAGUAGGAACGGGAGGUCAGUUCUAAUACUGAUAAGACCUUAUCAUGGCCACCACACCAUCUCACUCUACUAGAAAGAAUGGAGGCAGUGUUGGACAACUGUGUGUGUGUCUGGCAGGUGUGUGUAUGCGUUUGGAAUGUGUUUGUAUGUGUAUGUCAGAUUAGUUUUUGUUUGUUAGAGUUGUGCAUGUGUAUUCUGCAACUGUCUUUACUCCUGUUCCACUGGAUCCCUCAUAUUGGGCUGGCGGUGUUCAUCUGGCAGUUCACGCACAGGAAGAUUCAAUUAGAUGCUAAUCAUAUCUACGGAUCAAAAUAUUCAAGUGGAAGUGAUGAAUCAAAGUCUGAACUAUGUGCUGAUCGAAAGCGCACUUCUACAAACUAUUUAGAUGGAACCCUGAACAACCUCAGCUGUUCUACCACCAUACAUAAUGGCUGCCAUCUCAAUAUGCAGCGUUCAGCAUCUGUGGACCCCACAAAGAUGGGCGUUGGAAAGGCCAUCGCUGUCCUCACCUCUGGAGGAGAUGCACAAGGUAUGAAUGCUGCUGUCCGAGCCACGGUGAGAGUUGGGAUCUACACCGGUGCGAAAGUCUAUUUUGUACAUGAGGGUUAUCAGGGCCUAGUCGAUGGAGGAGAUAACAUCAGACAAGCAACUUGGGAGAGCGUGUCAAUGAUGCUGCAGCUGGGUGGCACAGUGAUUGGCAGUGCCCGCUGUCAGGACUUCCGCUCUAAGGAGGGUAGAGCUAAAGCAGCAUGUAACCUGGUGAAGUUGGGCAUCACUAAUCUGUGUGUUAUCGGUGGAGAUGGGAGCCUGACAGGCGCCAACGAGUUUCGCAAUGAGUGGAGUGAGCUGCUCCAAAUCUUGCUGAAAGCAGGUAAAAUCACAGCAGAGGAGGCUAAACGUUCAUCUCAUCUGAACAUCGUUGGGAUGGUGGGAUCCAUCGACAAUGAUUUCUGUGGCACAGACAUGACCAUUGGCACUGAUUCAGCUCUGCACAGGAUCAUGGAAGUAGUGGAUGCCAUCACAACAACAGCACAGAGUCAUCAAAGAGCCUUCAUUCUAGAAGUUAUGGGGAGGCAUUGUGGAUAUUUGGCCUUAAUCACUGCCCUGGCGUGUGGCGCUGACUGGGUUUUUAUUCCUGAAAUGCCUCCAGAUGAAGGAUGGGAGGACCAUCUGUGCAGGAGACUUACCUAUCAAAGAAGCAUUGGCAAUCGUUUGAAUGUCAUCAUUGUGGCAGAAGGUGCUUUGGAUCGCCAUGGCAAACCUAUCACCUGUGAUAUUAUCAAGAACCUGGUCACUAAGAAGCUCGGCUUUGACACACGCGCCACUAUUUUGGGUCAUGUGCAGAGAGGAGGAACACCUUCAGCCUUUGACAGAAUCUUGGGCAGUAGGAUGGGGGUGGAGGCUGUGAUGGCGUUGCUAGAGGCCACUCCUGACACCCCUGCAUGUGUGGUCAGUCUGUCUGGAAAUAUGGCUGUUCGACUGCCUCUUAUGGAGUGUGUGCAAGUGACAAAAGAAGUAACCAAAGCUAUGGCAGAGGGCAGAUUUGAGGAAGCUGUUAAGCUCAGGGGAAAGAGUUUUGAGAACAAUUGGAACACGUAUAAACUCUUGGCCCAUGUGACCGCCCCAGACGUGAAGAGUAAUAUAAACAUAGCUAUCAUGAACGUGGGAGCUCCAUGUGCAGGAAUGAACGCAGCAGUCCGUUCAGCCGUCAGGAUCGGUAUCCUUCAAGGACACAGCAUGCUAGCUGUACAUGACGGCUUUGAUGGACUUGCACACGGAACUAUUGAACCAAUGACAUGGGGCUAUGUGGGAGGCUGGACAGGCAAAGGCGGUUCUAAUUUAGGAACCAAGAGGUCACUGCCAGCUAGAAUGAUUGAAGAGAUCAGUCUGAAUAUAGCCAAGUUUAACAUCCACGCCCUGGUUAUCAUUGGAGGGUUUGAGGCCUUUGUUGGAGGUUUGGAAUUAGUGACUGCCAGAGAAAAAUAUGAGGAGUUGUGUAUUCCCCUGGUUGUUAUUCCAGCUACUGUGUCUAAUAACAUUCCUGGAUCAGACUUCAGCAUCGGUGCUGAUACUGCUCUCAAUACUAUCACAACUACAUGCGAUAGAAUCAAACAAUCCGCAGCUGGAACAAAGCGUAGGGUUUUCAUCAUUGAAACAAUGGGGGGAUAUUGUGGAUAUCUGGCAACCAUGGCAGGACUGGCUGCAGGGGCUGAUGCUGCUUAUAUCUAUGAAGAACAAUUUGGUAUUCACGACCUGGAGACAAACGUGGAGCACUUAUUGGAGAAAAUGAAGACCACAGUGAAAAGAGGCCUCAUCCUUAGGAAUGAGAAAUGUAAUGCAAACUACACCACAGAUUUUAUCUUCAACUUGUACUCAGAAGAGGGCAAGGGAGUUUUUGACUGCCGCAAGAAUGUGCUUGGGCACAUGCAGCAGGGUGGAACCCCUACACCAUUUGAUAGGAACUUUGGCACAAAGAUGGGUGCUAAAGCAGUGUUGUGGUUGACUGAAAAACUGAAGGAGUGUUACAGACAUGGACGUAUCUUUGCUAACACACCGGACUCUGCCUGUGUUCUGGGAAUGAAGAAGAGAGCCAUGAUCUUCCAGCCUCUCUCUGAUCUCAAAGAGGACACUGACUCUGAACAUCGUAUACCGAAGACUCAGUGGUGGCUGAAGCUUAGGCCCAUUCUCAAGAUUCUGGCAAAAUACAAGAUCAGUUUGGACACCUCAGAGACAGCUACGAUGGAGCAUGUUAUCAAGAAGAGAGGAACAGUCUAGACUACACACACAGAAUUAUUGAAAGGUUAAUGAGCCAUAUAAUCUCAAAAGAACAUUCAGUUGAUCACCCUCGUGUUCUUGCAAAACCAUAUGAGCACAAAAGGAAAUAUGGGUUACAUGAGUGAGUAAAUAAUGACAGAAUUUUAAUUUUUGGGUGAAUUAUGCCUUUAAGUA